AUGGACAAGGCAACACCAGUAAGCUCUCCACUUGCAAGUCAUUUGAAGUUGAGUUCAAAGCAAAGUCCUUCAAGUGAGAAAGAAAAGGAAGAAAUGAAGAAUGUACCUUAUGUAUUAGUCAUGGGUAGCUUGAGGAAUCUCAGGGAGACUUCUAAGAUUUGUUUAUGUUUUGGUACCAGCAAAUGUGAGCUUGUUGGGUUCACAGAUGCAGAUAUGGCUGGGAUGUUGACUCUAGAAAGUCUACUUUUGCAACAAAGAUAUUCCAGUAUUUUCCUUGGCUCUUCUUUAACACCCAGUACAAAUUCGUCAUGGUUGUCACCUUCUGGACUUUAUGCCUUUGGAUUCUACAAGCUAACCAAUGGCUAUGCUGUUGGAAUUUUUAUUGCUAGGAUUCCAGAAAAAACUGUAGUGUGGACAGCCAACAGGGAUGAUCCAGUUUUUUCCAGCAACGCCAUUCUGUUAUUAACCGGUUAUGGAAGGCUCAUUUUGCAGCAGGAAGAUAGAGAUGACGUAAAUAUUGCGGAUCCUGCGAUUCCUGCCCAGUCUGUUGCUUCAGCUUCAAUGCUUGACAAUGGCAAUUUCAUGCUGUACGAUUCCUCCCGGAGGAUUAGAUGGCAGAGUUUUGAUCACCCAACCGACACUCUUUUGCCCGGCCAAUGUCUCCCAGCUGGGGAAGAUCUCGUCUCCAGUGCUUCGAAAACAAACCCUGCUAGAGGGAUUUUCCGUCUUGCGAUGCAAACUGAUGGGAACCUGGUGCAAUACCCUGUGCAAAUGGACGGACCCAAUUAUGCUUAUUAUUCAUCAGGUACCUAUGGAAGAGUCGAUAAUGUAUCAUUGAUUCUUGAUAAUGAUGGCCAUCUUUAUUUGUUCAAUGGAAGCACCAUUAUAAGGAAUAUAACAACAGGAAGAUAUCAAACAAGAACUAUCUACCUCGUGAGAAUUGAAGUUGAUGGUAUAUUACGAUUAUAUUAUCGCCUGUUGGAUCCUCAAGGAUACUGGACUAAAGAAUGGUCACCCUCGGAAGAUAAAUGUACCCCUUUGGGUUUAUGUGGGUUGAAUGGUUUUUGUAUUCAGAUGGAUACAGUUGCGGAGUGUGAAUGUCUCCCGGGAUUCGAUCAUGUUAAUCCAGGCAAUUGGACCUCAGGAUGCGAGAGGAAUUUUGCCAUGGAAGGUUGUAAAGCCAGUAAUCCAAAUAUCAACUAUGAAAUCAAAACAUUGGAUAACACAGUGCGGGAAGAUGCUAAUUAUGCUGUUUUAGAAGGACUGACUAAAGAAGAUUGUGGAAAAGCCUGUUUAGAGGACUGUAACUGUGAUGCAGCUCUCUUAAAAGAUAGAAGCUGCCGAAAGCAAAGGCUUCCAUUGAGAUAUGGAAGAAGAUUUCAGAAUAGCUCAGAUGUUGCUCUUAUCAAGGUCAGUACAACAUCGAAAAAAGGAGUUUUGGGUGAUCCAGGCAAAGAAAUCAAGAAAGAGAUUCGUCUAGACGUCUUAAUUAUUAGCAUUUCGCUUGUUGCUUUAUCGGCCUUGAUCUUGAAACUUGAGGAAACCACUACAUUUGAAUCCCAAAAACUCCAGCCACCACCGAAACUCCAUACUGUUGGACAGUCGUCACUCUCCUCUACACAUAUCACCCGGCCACCAACCCUAACGCCACAAAAUUUGGUUGAUAUCGAUGGCCAAAAUCAGCAACAGGUCAAAACAAAAAUUGACUUCACCACAUUCUCCGACGAAACUCAUGCCCUUUCCAUCAUAACAGUUGACUAUACUCAAUAG